AUGAUGUUGUUUCCAUAUCGUAUUCUAUAUUCAAUUUUUAUCAUCAAUUUAUUUGUUUCCUAUAACCCAACAUUAUGUGAAACAUACAAAUAUACUAGAGAAUAUCUUCUCAACAGCAAGCUUUUUAACCUUGAACCACCACAAACUGCCUUUUCUCUUGACAUUCAACCCAUUAGUUAUCCUGAUAAAUGCGAAUUAAAACAAUUACAUUCGGUUUCUAGACAUGGAUCAAGAUUACCAGACCCAGAAAAUAUCAUAGCUUUUGACGAAUUGGAAAAAAUAUUUGCUAAUGUUUCUGUUGCAAAAGGAUGGUAUAAAAAUCCUUUCCUCAUGAGGAAAAGUCAUCAUUUGGUCAAACGAGGGGAACUCGAACCUUAUUUUGAUGGUUUACAAUCUCGUAAGCGAUACGCAAAAUUUUGGAAUGGA